CAUGGAGCCCAUGGUGACAAACCAACCCAACCAGUCCAAGCUGGAGCCGAUUGGGGGCACUGAUAACCCUCUGCAUGUGCCAAUGCAGCCCAUACCAUCACCGCAUUCCGUGGUCCCCAAUCAACCAAUGCAGCCCAUACCAUCGCCGUAUUCCGUGGUCCCCAAUCAACCAAUGCAGCCCAUACCAUCACCGUAUUCCGUGGUCACCAAUCAACCAACUACGACUACUACCAUCAUACAAUUGGCACAGGGGAAUUUCCGGUACCCUAGAGGCGCACCACGUGACUGGUCUACCCCCCUCUGCGGCUGCUGUGAAAGCUGCUGUGGAUGUCUUUGUGCCUGCUUUUGUUUCCCAUGCUACGAGUGUUACGUGGCGUCCAAGAUGGGUGAGUCUUGCUGCACGCCUUGCUGCCUGGCUAACGCCACUGUGGUCAUGAGGGCCUACGUACGAGGACGUCACAAUAUUCAGGGUUCCCUGGCUGGCGAUGGCUGUACCACGUGUUGUUGCCCCAUGUGCGUUCUCUGCCAGAUUUCUCGCGAGGUCGACAACAUCCGGGAAGGUCGUGCCGCACCAUAGGACGCACCCAAAACACAGGCA